AUGCAAAUAUCAAGUUGGAGAGCUCACGGACCGACCGCAAACUGCUUUUUCCCGAACGACCUUGAAGCUCCGACGUCUCGAAAAAUCCUAUCCAGCCGGCGCUCACUUGACGAUUCAAAGCCGACUCAAUCUUUCAGUGAGCGACUAGCAAGAAAUUCAAAAUGGAAAAUGGACGACUUUUUGGUGACGAAAAAUCUGGGUCAAGGCAAGUUCGGCAACGUGUAUCUUGCAAAGGAGAAAUGCUCUAACCUUACUGUCGCACUCAAGGUUUUAUUCAAGUCACCGCUGACGCGUGAUGGUGGCGUCAGUAACUUAAAACGGGAGGUGGAAAUUCAAGUGCGGCUUCGUCACCCGAAUGUGCUGCGCAUGCAUGGCUACUUUUAUGACGACUCGUGCGUUUAUCUGGUUCUCGAAUACGCGCCAUUCGGAGAGCUAUACAAAGAGUUGGCCAAAGAAAAACACUUCUCCGACGCGGUGGCUGCGCAUUAUGUAUCCCAAGUUGUCGAAGCUCUGAAGUACUGUCACAGCUGCAAUGUGAUCCAUCGCGACAUUAAGCCUGAAAAUCUUCUGAUAGGGCACAACAAAACCAUCAAGCUAGCUGAUUUUGGGUGGUCGGUACAUGCUCCAACGCCGAACAAUGUUCGCAAGACAUUCUGUGGAACUCCGGAUUAUCUGAGCCCCGAAAUGGUUAUGGGAGAGUCUUAUGACUAUCGAACAGACUCGUGGAGCCUUGGAGUGUUGACGUAUGAGCUGCUAGUCGGUUCGACACCGUUCUACUGCGAAAACCAAAUGGAAAUGUACAAGCGAAUCGAACUCGCCGACUAUCACUUCCCAUCGACCCCGGCAGUGUCGGAGACUGCCAAGAGUUUCAUUGCUGGACUGCUCCAGCGGAAACCAAGCGACCGAUUGAGCUUAGAAGAUGCAGUCAAACAUCCAUGGAUUCAGAAUCAUUAUUCGAAGUAA